AUGGCUGAUAUUGUUUCUGGUCUUAACGGUGCUAUCAACACAAUCACUUCUGGUGCUGUCGGCGUUGCUGACGGUAUCACCGGCAAUGCUGUGAGCAUUGGUGAGGAUAUCACGUCUAGAGGCGGUCAGUUCGCUUCCGACGUGACUUCUGGCGCUGUGGGUGCUUUCGACACGGUCACUUCCGGCGCUGUGGGUGGCUUCAACACUGUCACCUCUGGUGCUGUUUCUCAGGCUAACCAGAUCACUUCUCGUGCUGGUUCUGUGGCCCUGGGUGCUGCUACUGCCGACGAGUCUGGCUCUGCUAGCGCCGCCACCGCCCUUUCUUCCAUCAACUCGGACCUUGACUCCUUGGGAAACUCUUUCUCCUCGGGCCUUUCUUCUGCCAGCGCUGCUGCCUCUGGUGACACCUCGGGCUCUGCUUCCGCUUCUGGCUCUGGUUCUGGUUCUUCUGCUAGCGGUUCUGGUGCUGCUGGCGGUGCUGGCGGUGCUCGUUCUUCUGGUUCUGGCUCUAGCAGUUCCGCCUCUGGUUCUGGCUCUGGUUCCAGCAGCUCUUCCAGCGGUGACUCCAGCUCUUCUGGCGACAGUGGUGCUGCUGGCCUUGACUUGGCUAGCUCUUGGAAGAAGAGUGCCGCCGUUGCUGCCAUUGUUGGCGCCUCUUUCGUGUUCUCUUUGUAG